GCGUUAUCAUGUUAUGUAGUCACAGAGGUGUCUACGAUGAAAACCACACGAAAACAUUGUUUUCACCACAGCAGACGCAACAAGUCUUAAUUGAAGAUGAACAACAUCCCAUACUACGGCCCCGAGGACGUAAAGGCCUCGUUGAAAUAUGAAGAACUGGUUUCAGCGCUGGAACUGGCAUUGGCUGAUUUUUCAAAGGGGCCAGAAGGAGGGGUUAGUCAGCCGCUCAGAGCCACUGCUGAAGUCACAAAAUACAAUGGUUUUUUAGCUGCGAUGCCAGCAUAUGUCGCAUCACGAAACGCCUUGGCAUGCAAAUUAGUUACGUUUUAUCCAAAUAAUGCAGCCAAAGAAAUGGACACUCAUAUGGCUCAUGUAUUACUAUUUGACGAAACGUCUGGAGAAAUCAAAGCAAUCAUGGAUGGGGAGGUGAUCACUGCCAUGAGAACGGCAGCGGUUUCCGCGAUUGCCACCAAAUACUUGGCGGAAAAGUAUGAUAUAUUGGCUGUUCUGGGAUCGGGAGUCCAAGCUACAGCUCACAUUGAAGCCUUUUGUAAAAUGUUUCCAAUUAAGAAGAUUAAUAUUUGGAAUCAUCGAACAGAAGGCGCAGAAAAGCUAGCCAAAUACGUAAAAGAAUCGAUGGGAAUCGAAGUGCAAGUUUUCACAGACGUUCAGUCGUGCGUAGAAAUGGUCGAUGUUAUUAUCGCGGCCACAUUCGCAACAGAACCAAUUCUUAAAGAAUACCCCAUGAGACCAUGGGUUCACAUAAAUUCUGUUGGAGCUCCGCGUCCGCAAUGGCAAGAAUUGAGCGCAGAACUUAUGAACAACUCGGUUGUGUACGUCGAUUCGUUUUUAUCGGCAAACAAGGAAUCGGGCGAUGUUAUUAAAUCUGGAGCUCAAAUUUAUGCAGAAAUCGGGGAAGUAAUUCUGGGGAAUAAAAAGGCGGAAAUCACUACACGAACCGUAUUUAAAUCUUUAGGACUAGCCCUCGAAGAUGCUGUUUCUGCCCGCCUUGUUUUUGACGUGAUGGAACUAAACAAGAAAAUUCUCAAACAAUAGUUGUGUCUUGUUUAAAUAAAAAGAACUAUUAAGAACACAA